AUGACCGACUUGCAAAAUUACGAAUAUAUUAAUACUGACUUGUAUUAUAAUCAAGAUGAUACCAACUUCGACUAUGACCAAGAUGAUACCAACUUAGACUAUGACCAAGACGAUACUGACUUAGAUCUUCCAGAUAACGAAAACACCAUUUUGGAUCUCUCAGCCGAAGACUCAGCUUCUAAUGUUCAAAGUUCCCAAGAAGAUGCAUCAAGUACAUUCACUAUGUCAGUUUCUACUAGGUUACGUCCUAUUAUGUCACGUUCACGAAACAAAAAAAACCCUAAUUCAUCCGUAUGGCAAUAUUUUGACACUAAAACAUCAAGUUAUCCUGGUCAACCU